AUGCAAAACUGCAUCCAAAUUGUGCAGAGCGCGCAGCUAAAUGUGGGUAUAACCACUGCUGCACAGUUCUUCGCUUGGACUCGACCCUUCACCUUGGCGGUACAAUUCCUCCGCAACUGGACCUAUGCCUGUGCUGCUGGCACAGAGUGCUAUCUCUGCACUGGCAAGAUUAGCCACAAAAUCUUAGAGUGGCUCAACAUCGCCUUCUAUGCCCAAAUGAUUACCAUUCUUCUCUUUGGUGGUCUUUUUUACUACCUCCUAGUAAAAUGGUUUCCAUGUCAGGUAAUAUCAUGUGCAGGGGACUUUGAUGACUUGCCAGUAUUCUUCAUAGUGACAGACGGACCGGUAAACUUCGCAAAAGUAAUCACAGUUCUCACGGUUGCCCACUUGCUGCCAGCGCUUCUCCUUGUAGUGAUAAAGAUGGUGACCACUCACCAUGUUCUAGCCCUACCUGCCAGUGGUAGGAGCCUGGACGCACGAUGGUCUUUCGUCUCUACACUGAUUCAUUCAGCGGUGACGGUGUGGGGUUUGGCUGUAGCGUUGUCGGUGGGUGAAAUGGCAAGCCCAUGGACUCUCGUUUGGGCGUGGACGAUCAUCGCGGCACUAGCUGACGCGGUGACAGUGGUUUUGUUAGUGAGCUCUGCCAUGAGCGAGGCAGCACUGGCACACGCAAAACACGCCCAGCCGAUUCACCGAGAAAGGUCCAAUACGGAUAUUAGAAGCGUUCUCUACACCUAUCUCUGCUCCUCGCUAUGCGAGCACUGUCUACAGAUUAAAAGACUGUUCAUCUCCAAAUUGUUUAGACAAUAA